UCCGCCCCAUCCUGCCGGCGGGGACCUAGAGCCUCACCGCCUCUGCCCACACUUGUAUUGCCUGACUUAAACUGCGGCAGAAAAUAACUGUAUCUAGAAAAACAUUCCACCCUACCAUCCACGCUUUAGUUUUAGAGCUUGAAAUGCAAAAUCAGUAGGUCUUUGUAACUUGGAGGUUCCGUCUAGCACGAGCAACAGAGACCUGUUUUCAGGCAAUGCCUUGGACAACAGCACCUUUGGAGGCCCCCGCUUUGCGGAAGGAGACGUGGCUCUGAAUGGAGCGGUAGCGGCCGCGCCACCGCGGAGGAAGUGGGAUACCGGGCGGGAUUGGCGGGAGGUCUCCGUCCGGACCGGUUCCACCAUGUCGAAGGUUUCCUUUAAGAUCACGCUGACAUCGGACCCGCGGCUGCCUUACAAAGUACUUAGUGUUCCUGAAAGUACACCUUUCACAGCAGUCUUAAAGUUUGCGGCAGAAGAAUUUAAAGUUCCUGCAGCAACAAGUGCAAUUAUUACCAAUGAUGGAAUAGGAAUCAAUCCUGCACAGACUGCAGGAAAUGUUUUCCUAAAGCACGGUUCAGAACUGCGAAUUAUUCCUAGAGAUCGUGUUGGAAGUUGUUAAUAUCCAGUACUUGGAACAUAGGAUUUCUUUUCCAAAUAAAGAUCGGUAUUGCUGUGCAAGUGAAAUCAAGCAUUUAAAGCACUCGGAAAACACCAGUAGUUGAUGUGAUGAUGAAGGGUGACUCUCCCUCCUUGUUCUCCACACUCUUCCUGUGCACGGAGGCAGCCAUCUCCCCAGAAGGUCAUGGUCUGUCAUUGCUGCCUCACAACAACACACAUGCUUAGUUCAUUUGGGGUAAAUGGAUUCUCCAGCUGUGUUUUUUAAGUGGUGGAUGCUUCUGAUAACUCUUUCUGAGAACAUUUAGAAAAUUAAAGUUUACCGAAUCCUCCUAUUUGAGUUAAAAGUCUAAAGGAUUGUGGACUCAUACAUAGCAGUUUGCUUGAUAGCAUCUGACUUGCAGACUUAAAAAAAGUUGAAUUCCUAAUUGUAUGUUGUUUAUGAUAAAGGAUGUAGACAUAUCUGUGAAUCCCUAGCUACCUUAACUUCUUGUCAUUUAUGUUUUUUAACUUCCAAACUAUAUCAAAAUCCCCCUAAUUGAAUUUUCUUUGAUCUAGCCCUUAUAUGUAAAAUUGAUAUCCCACACCAAAUAGUUUUUAACCGUGAUCUUACAGAAUCCAGUACUGGUGAAAAUUGAGAAUGAAGUAGAAGUGCCCUUUGCUGAGUUAUGCAUCCUUGAUCAGUCUCUUUAAAUACAACCUUUAAAACAGGAAUCCUCAAGAAGCUCUUGUCUUAUUGAGGAUGAAAUUUCUAAAUAGCAUUCAGGAAGAAAGUAUUAGAAAGCUCUGAAAUUCACAACAGAGCCCUGGAAAAUGCUAAUUGGAAAUGCCGGUGAUCAUACUUACUAAAGAUCCAACAUUGAAGGAAAUGUUUCGUCAUUCAAGUGAAUACGAAGUCAGGAAGGGUGUCCCGGGGAAGCCCCAGUUACCACUUUUCUAAUGAGGAGGAAAGAAACAAAAGACAGCAGUGACAGGGAGCAGAAGGCUGGAGCAAGUGUCACAGAAAAAGCCACCUGGAGUGCAGAGGGUAUGUUGUGGGGAACUGAGGAGGAAAUGAAAAUGUUUGACAUUGUCAGAGGGAGCAAAAGACAAAGUGAGAAAGCAAAGUGUAGGCUUUGUCGACAACAGACUUCAGAAUUCCCUUCAUAAGUCAAUAGUGGAAAUCAGUAUGGGUGCAGAUCUUACAAGAUGAAGGCUUUUAGUGAUUCAGAACCAGAGCUUGGCCUGCUGUAUUCGUGACGGUAAGCUCUUUGUGGGCAGCCUUUGUGUGUGUCUUGCUCUUUUGAGACCUGGAAAUGUAGGCCUUCAGUAAAUACUUGCUGGAUUAUUCAUGAAUAAAGUAUCACUAAGACCAGUUUUUAAUCUAAGUGUGUUUCAGUUCCUUCCCUGUCACCGGCCCUGGGUUUAUUAGGGAAAAAACGAAUAAGGAAAUGCAACAGGAUCACCAUCUCAAGGAGGAAUGUUGUUAAGUUUAAGCAAUUAACCGGAUGUUGUCAUGUAUUUGACAAAUGAGCAGAAUGUUUCUGAAUUGUAAAGGUAGAAAAAUGUACUUCUAAUAUUUGGGGAAGGUUUUAUUUUUAUAAAUUGAUGCUCCAAGACCCCUGGUUCUUAAUAUCAUUAAGCUUCAGUUGACCAGAAAUUCGUGAAUACCCAUUCGCGGAGCUGUUUUUGCUUAGGUAUCCCUCCGUCAUCCUGUUUCUACAGCAAAAGCUGCCCGCGGUGUCGCACAGGUUUAGGAUGUCCUGUGCCGUAAAGUAAUUUAAUAUUUCUGUUCUUUGGUGUUUUGAAAAUUUUGUUGUAGGAAGUCUUUAAAUACAUUUUCCUAAGGAACUGGACAUUUUGUAAUUAAGUAAAUGUGAUCUGUAAGUUCUUUGUGCAGAAUGUUUUGAAGGAUCAUAUUUUGUUUAAAUGUAUAGUUGGCACAUAACUAAUAUCUUACGAAAAUACAUUUUAUCAGACCAUAAA